UUCUUUCAUUCAAUUCAGAAGGACUGACAUUUUAGAAUGAAGUCAUAUAAAUUUCCUGAGUCAAGGAUUACUCUCACCCCCUCCCUCUGGGAGCCACCCAGCUUGAGGGAGGGAUCUUAAUUUCUCCAGGAGGGAUGGAACCAGAGCCUGCUGCAGAGGAAGCACUGAAUCCUAACCUUCGGACCACUAGGGAAAUUCCCAAGGAUUGCUUUUAACAUUCUUGCCAAAAAAGGAGUUAGUCCAUUUGUUUUGAAACUAUAACAUCUUAUUUUUAUAACUCUGUUUAACAUGCUCUGUAUUAGAUGGCAUUAAAAUGAGGCAAAUUAUUAGUAUUCCUGGCUCUCAAUGGCUUAGCAUUUGUGAUAGCCUGUUUCAAGAUGAGUGAAGAACCCACAGGUUUAUUAAUAUACUGUAGUAAUUUAGCUAUAUGAUAACCUUGAUAUGUGGGAGCUUUAAAAGCUAUCUUUCAUAUGUUCUUAAUCAAUGAAGCACUCUUUAAGCCAAAAGUGGAAAAGAUCUUCAGCAUGGAGUCAUUCCCAUAGGAACUGGAGUAUUUCUAUCAGCAAACAUGCAGAGGUUUGUUUCCUUGUCAUCUCUCUCUCUGAAUUUAGUCACACCUAUAUGCUAAAAUUUUCCUGCUGUCUUCUAGGUAAAUAUGUUGGUCUUGAAUUUAUGGUUUCCACAAUUAAUAAAAGAGAAGUAAUUAGAAUGAAAAAUCUUUGGCAUAGAUUUAUAAUUAUUGACUCACUAUUUUAUAAAAUGUUCAGAAUAAAUAUUGCAGCUUACUUUUACAUGAAAUGUGAGAUUUCUUUGGAUAACCACUUAUAAUUUUUUUAAGGAGAGAAAUGGGAUUUUCCAAAUGACUCUCCUCUUCCUGGAAAGAUUUCAAAUAUUGGAUAGUUGGCUCCUUAUCAAUCUUGAGAAUGAUUAAAACAUUUUUUCUAAAACAACACUGAUAAGCUUUAUUGCAAUUGAUGAAUAAUUGUUAUGCAAAUUUCAUUGUUUUAAAAAAAUUUGAGAUAAAAGAGGAAAACAAAAUUGACUGAUUACAUGAUAUUUAGAAUGCUCUUUACACCCUAGUCUCCUUAAGCCAACUUUGGAAUAAAAUGGGUAUGAACAAAGUGACAAAUACAAUUUGGAUUUCUGAUCAGUAUGGUUUUAGGGGGGAUUAGAAAGAUUAUUUUUACAGAUAACAGUGGAUAUAACACAAAUUUAAGUUGUCCUUCAGGAUGGAAAUGAUGACAUUCACCCUGGGCAGAUUUAGUAAUUGAAAAAAACUUUUAAAUGAGACAAAGAUAAACAUGUUUCAUAUUUCCAGGAGUCAGUAUUUGGUGAAUUCAUUAACAUCAGAGUAAAUACGUUUUUGGACAACUUAGAAGAAGUUGCAUAUUAGCAUUGAUUCCAAACAUCAUCAUGUUGAGAAGGUAACAGACAGUUGGCAUUUUGAGUUAUCUUGUACACAACUGGACUAAAUGUUUAGAGUAAUUUAACACAGUAUAAGGUUUAAGCAGUAGAAAAUUAUAGUUUUAGCAAUUAAAUAAACUUAGUAAGAGGCCAUUCAAAAUUAUCAAGUUCUGAAAUUCUUUAAAAAACCGUAUCACUAGUAACUCACACACACGGGUUUUUUUCACGUUCAUAUACAUAAUAGUGCAGUAGUAUGUUCUCUUAGAUGUCUAUAUCAAAAAUAGAACUCUUCUUGGAAUUCUAACUUCUAAAUCCAAACCACCUUUAAAGAGUUAGUGGUCACACACAAGGAAUGAAAGAAUUAAAGGCUGACAAAAACAGACUAAUAUGAAGGAAUCAAGGAAGAAGCCAAGUAAGUGAAAGAAAUGGUAUGAACGCCAAACGCACUUCCACUUUGACCCACAGGAUGUCGUUGUUCUCCAAGGAGAGGAUCGUUUUAACGGAAAAAAGUAGAUUAUUCCCGGAACAGAAAGACCCGUCACAGAAAGACCCGUCACUGUUCCGGUGCUUUAAAGACUAUACACACACCCAUAUUGUUAAGAUUAGUUGGGAUAUCAGGACUAAGACUCAAAAGAAAGAUCUCGAAAGGACUACAUAUUUCUACUCAGAAAAUGUGAUUAACUAACCAGGAGCGAUGUUAGCUUCAGGAUCUGGUGGCCGGCGAGCCCGGCGCCUCCUGCUCUCGCUUCUGCUCCUCGCAGCCUGGGAGACUGGAAGCAAUCAUGUCCACUACUCAGUCCCUGAGGAGGCCAAACACGGCACCUUCGUGGGCCGCAUCGCCCAGGACCUCGGGCUGGAGCUGGCGGAGCUCGUGCCCCGCCUGUUCCGGGUGGCAUCCAAAGGCCGCGGGGACCUUCUGGAGGUAAAUCUGCAGAAUGGUAUUUUGUUUGUGAAUUCUCGGAUCGACCGGGAGGAGCUGUGCGGGCGGAGCGCGGGGUGCAGCAUCCACCUGGAGGUGAUCGUGGACCGGCCGCUGCAGGUGUUCCAUGUGGAGGUGGAGGUGAAGGACAUUAACGACAACCCGCCUGUGUUCCCAGCGACACACAGAAAUCUCUUUAUUUCCGAAGCUAGGGCUCUUGAGUCUCAUUUUUCACUAGAGGGCGCCUCCGACGCAGAUAUCGGGGAGAACGCUGUGUUGACUUACAGACUGACCCCCAACGAGUAUUUCUCUCUGGAAGUACCAAGCAACGAUGAGCAGGAAAAACCGCUCGAACUAGUACUAAAAAAACGUUUAGACAGAGAAGUCGCUUCAGAGCUUCUCUUGGUGCUCAAAGCAAAGGAUGGGGGCAAACCUGAACUGACAGGCACUGUAAAGAUAAACAUCACAGUGCUGGAUACAAAUGACAACGCCCCAGUUUUUGACAAAGCAGUUCAUCGUAUAAAAUUACUGGAAAAUGCAAGAAAUGGCACACUGAUUAUUAGACUAAACGCCUCAGAUUUGGACGAGGGUUCAAACGGCCACAUUCUUUAUUCCUUUGCAACUGAUGUUUCCUCUAAUACAGAAGCCUCUUUUCGCAUAGAUUCAAACAGCGGAGAAAUAAGAGUAAAUGGAAAAAUAGAUUUCGAAGAAACUAAAUUAUGGAAACUUCAAAUAGAAGCAGUUGACAAGGGAAAUCCUCCAAUGUUUGGUCACUGCACAGUCUUGAUAGAAGUCUUGGACAUCAAUGAUAAUGCUCCGGAGUUACUAGUGACGUCACUGUUGCUUUCUAUUCCAGAGGAUGCUCCACUAGGGACCGUCAUCACUCUAAUCAGUGUAACCGACCGUGACGUAGGUAGCAAUGCCCAGGUGACCUGCUCACUAACACCCCAUGUCCCCUUCAAACUGGUGUCCACUUUCAAGAAUUACUAUUCGCUAGUGCUGGACAGUUCCCUGGACAGAGAGAAAGUGUCAGAAUAUGCUUUAACACUGAUCGCGAAGGACAGGGGCUCGCCUUCCUUGUCCACCACGGCCAGCGUGUCCGUGGAGGUGGCCGACGUGAACGACAACGCGCCCGUGUUCGCGCAGCCCGAGUACACGGUGUUCGUGAAGGAGAACAACCCGCCCGGCUGCCACAUCUUCACCGUGUCGGCGCGAGACGCCGACGCUCAGGAGAACGCCCUGGUGUCCUACUCGCUGGUGGAGCAGCGGGUGGGCGAGCGCGCGCUGUCGAGCUACGUGUCGGUGCACGCGGAGAGCGGUAAGGUGUACGCGCUGCAACCGCUGGACCACGAGGAGCUGGAGCUGCUGCAGUUCCAGGUGAGUGCGCGCGACGCGGGCGUGCCGCCCCUGGGCAGCAACGUGACGCUGCAGGUGUUCGUGAUGGAUGAGAAUGACAACGCGCCUGCGCUGCUGCCACCCGGGCCAGGCGGAGGACCCAGCGCACUGAGCCAGGUGGUGUCGAGGUCCGUGGACGCGGGCCACGUAGUGGCGAAGGUGCGCGCGGUGGACGCGGACUCGGGCUACAACGCGUGGCUGUCGUAUGAGCUGCAGCCGGCGGCGGGUGGCGCGCGCAGCCCGUUCCGUGUGGGACUGUACACCGGCGAGAUCAGCACGACGCGUGCCCUGGACGAGGCGGACGCGCCGCGCCAGCGCCUGCUGGUGCUGGUGAAGGACCACGGCGAGCCGGCGCUGACGGCCACGGCCACCGUGCUGCUGUCUCUGGAGGACAGCGGCCAGGCGCCCAAGGCCUCUUCGCGGGCGUUGUCUGGUGCAGCUGGCGCAGAGACUGCGUUAGUGGAUGUGAAUGUGUACCUGAUCAUCGCCAUCUGCGCGGUGUCCAGCCUGUUGGUGCUUACGCUGCUGCUGUACACGGCGCUGCGGUGCUCGGCGCCGCUCAGCGAGGGCGCGUGCGGGCCGGUGAAGCCCAGGCUGGUGUGCUCCAGCGCGGUGGGGAGCUGGUCUUACUCGCAGGAGAGGCGACGGAAGGUGUGCUCUGGGGAGGGGCCGCCUAAGACCGACCUCAUCGCCUUCAGUCCUAGUGUUCCCCCAGGUUUGAAUUCUGGAGAUAUUGGAGACCAACAGGAGUUUUGCGAGAAUCCACGGCAGCCCAACCCUGACUGGCGUUACUCUGCCUCCCUGAGAGCAGGAAUGCACAGCUCUGUGCACCUGGAGGAGGCUGGCAUUCUACGGGCUGGUCCAGGGGGACCCGAUCAGCAGUGGCCAACAGUAUCCAGUGCGACACCAGAACCAGAGGCAGGAGAGGUGUCCCCUCCAGUCGGGGCUGGUGUCAACAGCAACAGCUGGACCUUUAAAUAUGGACCAGGCAACCCCAAACAAUCUGGUCCCGGUGAGUUGCCAGACAAAUUCAUUAUCCCAGGAUCUCCUGCAAUCAUCUCCAUCCGGCAGGAGCCUACUAACAGCCAAAUUGACAAAAGUGACUUCAUAACCUUCGGCAAAAAGGAGGAGACCAAGAAAAAGAAGAAAAAGAAGAAGGGUAACAAGACCCAGGAGAAAAAAGAGAAAGGGAACAGCACGACUGACAACAGUGACCAGUGAGGUCAUCUAAUGGAAACAAGCCACUUAGCCAAUUUUUGUAAUAAUGGCAGAUCUCUCCCAUGUAGCAACUCCCUACUCCUUUCUCCUGUCCACACAGACCCUCUCUUAUAGACCUCAGAAAUCUGCAGAAAGUUCCCUGUGUCUGUCUAGAUCACAUUUAACAGGUUUUUGUCUUAAAAGCUUUGCUAAGUCUGGUGUUAACUCUUUCUCUCCACUCUGGCUUGUUUGCAGAACCUAAAAAGCAGACCCAAGUUUCCUUUCUCCUCCGCCGCAAAGGAGAGGCUUCCCAGCCCCGCCAGUGAGAGGUUGGACUCUCUGCCCUGUGCUCCGGGGAUCCUGUCUUGAUGACACUUGCAGGGCAGGCUGAAAGGUUUUGAGAUUGAGCAGCUUGAGUGUCUGUGGCUACUGGGUAUGUGUGGCCACCGGGGAUAGGUGAGUGUCAGAUGUUGGCUGGGAUGGGCCAGGUUAGACUAGGAGGGUUGGGAAACAAAGGCAAAUCAACAAUGGGAAGGAUGAAAUGAAAAAGGACCAGACUUUCUAAAUCUUUACAACUCAAGAGGUGGUGGCCACCCUCUAGCAGACAAAAUUCCCUCCACUGACAAGGCUUUGGGAAUCCCUAAGUCUCUUGGCUGUGGUGUCAUUAUACCUAAAACCUGCAUUUUUACCUACAAGCCUGUAGUUCAGUGUUCCAUGGGGGGCCAACCAGGGCAACAGAAGCAGAUCUGAUGUGUUUCCUGUAUAUGUCCUUGUGCUCACUUUAUUAAAAAUUCUUUUGCACACAAUGUUAUGAAAAGGUCAGAUCCUUUUCCAACAACACAUAUGCAAAAGCAAAAGAAAACCCCAACACCUCACUUUAUGCUGUUUGUUGUUUGAUAGAUUUAUUUAAAAAAGAGCAAAUCUAUAACUAUAAAUCUUUAAAGAGAAAUAUGAUUAAUACAACUCCCCUAAACUAUCCUCGAAAGAGAAUUCCGUCUACAGCCAUUUAAAUGAUCAUUGCUGCUACAGAAGUGCUUUAAGAGAAUUGCCUGAAACAUCUGUAUUAUACCGGCCACCUGCCAAUCACAGCUUUACUCUUUCAGGUCACUCUGGGGCUGCCUCUUGCAUGUAUUAAUUACUAAAUAAAAGGAUCUUUCUCUCUCUCUCUCUCUCUUUUCUAAAAAACAAUUAUGUGCACUUUGAAUACACAACCUUCUCUAGACAACUCUAUCAAGACCCAGAAAUUGAAGAAAAAUAUUGUUUUCUCGUACAUAACAGUGAGCAGACUUUUCAAUCCUCGAAUUCUGUGAUUUGUCUUGGAGUGCUAGCCAACACCUUCUCUUUGGUUUAGUUUUCCUUUUCUAUAACACUCUGAAUUGCUAAUCUUGCUAACACCUAUGAUAUUACCUGAACUCAAUCUCCCAUAUGUAUGCUGUAUGCUAUUAUAAGACUCCUGAAAUAUAUUUACUCUGUGCUUGUGUAUGUGAAUGUUAUUGCAACUAUUACCUAGAGUGAACUUUAAGCUUUAUUGUUGAAUGUAAUUCCAUUAUAUUUCCUUUUGUACACCUGUGAAAAAAGUGGAGUAGUGUUUUUUUAACCAUUGUUAAUCAGCUUUUGUGUAUGAAAGACACAGUAAAAUUUCUUUCUUAAAUCAA